UAACGAUGACAAUCUAAAUUUUACGCGAGUCAAACAAAUCUGACACACUCAUAUUUUGACUUGAACAUUAUCCUUCGGCAUAAAAUACACCUAUAUACCAUGCGAUCGGACGCAUUCAGCGACGACAACGGUCACGCGACGAACUGCUUAAAUCUCUCUAUAUUAAUUAUUAAGUAUAUGUUAUUAUUGUAGUCUUUUAGUCUCUCUGUCUAUACACACGCGCGCACACACACACAUAUAUAGUCUAUACGACACUGCGCACAUAUACGUAUAUAUACAUUAUACACACAUUCCGACUAUUUUAGAACCUCAACGGGUUUUUUCUCCUUCUCCAAUUCUAUCACGCAUAACUGUUUACCUUAUGUGUGUGUGUGUGUGUGUGUGUGUGUGUAUAUAUAUAUAUAUAUGCUUACAUCUCAGGAUGAAGUGUAUACCGUGGAUACUGAUGGGCGCUACACAUUAAAUACGAGCGCAAAUACGCACAAUAUGUAUACAUGUAUAGUUAAAAUAUUUGCAAAGUGAAGCUAUAUUGGUAAAUAAUUAAACAAAGUGAAGACAUUAAGUAUUACGGGUCGCGGGAUUCACAUCCUGAGCCUGCACGUAAACAUUACAUGUAUAUGCAAAAAUCAACCUGCAAGCGUUGCAUUGAACAAACAUACUUGGCUUAGAAUGCGCACCUAAUCCAUCUCGGUAGUACAUUGACAGAAGGAUCGAGUAAUGUUAUACACAUACUUAUGCUAUGUCGGGUGUUUGGUUCUUUAAAUGCAAAAACUCGUAGUAAUGUCCCGAUAUGGCGACGUUACCACCGCGCAAAAAUCCAACUCCCACGAAAAUUUCCAAAGAACAUUUGACUCCUCUGCAAAUUCUUUUGCAACUGGGCUUCCCCAAACACAGGGCCGAAAAAGCUUUAGCUGCUACAGGUCAUCGCAGUGUUCAACUUGCUUCCGAUUGGCUUUUAGCUCAUGUCAGGGAUCCUACGCUUGAUUCCAUUGAACCAAGAGAAUAUGUACUCUACUUAUGCCCAACUGGGCAAUUGCAUGAACAGUUGCAAAAAUUUUGGAUGAAAAGUAAAGAGCUGGAAUGGAAUGGAGUACAUAAUUUCAUGCCUCACAUAACAUUAGUUUCAUUUUUCAAGGCUUCCGAUGAAUGUUCUAAAGAGCUGGCUACUAUAUUGGAGACCUUAAUUACUAGAGAGGAAUGUCCAGAUUCUAUUGAAUUAGAAACAUAUGUUUCACCCAAUUUUAUGGGUUUGUUUGUCAAGGAUGAGCAAGCCGAAUGGCUUAAAUCUUUAGCUGUUAAAUAUAUAAAUAAGUUGUCUACUUUAGGAAUCAAUGCAGAGCCAAAUUCAAAAUCUCUGCACUUAACACUAGCUUAUCAGUUUUCUAAUUCCUUGCUGGAGCCUUUGCGUUCAAUGGUUGAAAAAUUAGAACCAAAUAAACUUGCUAUUUGGGAACUUAGAUUAUACAGCAAAGAUCCAAGGUCUUUUAAUCUAAAUAUUCAUAAAGUAAUGCACAUGCAUAUACCACGAGAACACGAUGAGUUAGAACUAAGGCCAGGUGACUAUAUUUAUGUGCCAGAAGAAGCAUGUGCUACUUCAAUAGAUGGUUGGGUUGAAGGAAUUUCCUGGCUAACAGGGACAUCUGGUUACUUUCCAUUGAAUCAUACAAAGCGCACUGCAGAAUCUGACUCGUGGACAUUACAUUCAACAGUACAAAUUACAGAUAAUAAAAUAGAUAUUAUAGAAGAUAUCAUACCUCAAACUAGACGGCCUCCAAUUGUACUCUCUAAUGAAUCUCUGGACACUCCGGAUGGAAUAGCUGCUGACAAUGAGCCUAUGGAGGCAGCAGAGCCAACAAUACUACCAGCGCGUGAAAUGUUGAUUUGCAGACAUGGUGAACGAGUGGAUUUUACUUUUGGUACUUGGAUUCCAUACUGCUUUGAAGCAGAUGGCUCUUACGUCCGCAGAGAUUUAAACAUGCCAGUAAAAAUACCUCCGAGGAAUAUUCAAGAUUUUCAAGACGAUUGUCCGUUAACAACAUUGGGUGAAUUGCAAGCAUUUUUAAUUGGCGAAGCAAUGAAAUCAUCCAAUAUGCACAUGGAUGUUGCAUUUGCCUCACCAUCUUUAAGAUGCGUGCAAACGUUAUCGCAAAUUUUGAAAGGUUUUCAAUCUAAUUUAUCGAUAAAAAUUGAACCAGGAUUAAUGGAAUGGGUGGCCUGGUACCAAAAUGGUUUGCCUACAUGGAUGACUCCAGAAGAGUUGUCGAACGCUGGUUUUAGAAUAGAUAAAACAUACAAGCCUGUUGUAAAAGCAGAGGAACUUCCUCUAAGAGAGAAUGCUGCACAAUAUUAUGAUAGGAGUUAUGCUCUUAUAAAAAGUAUUAUUGAAAGUACUAAAGGAAAUAUUUUAAUAGUUGCUCAUGCAACAUCUUUACCAGCUUGUACAAGACAAUUGACUGGUGGCAGAGUUCCACAUGUAACAGAAGUUACUCGCCUUGUACAGCAAGUACCCUAUUUAGCAUGCCUAAUGGCUAGGGAAAGUCCAGAUGGAUGGCAAUUGCAUCCACCACCUUUUCCACCUAUUACACACAGUAGUAACAAGCGAUUUGAUUGGAAAAUUUUGACCUGAUUCCAAUAUGAUUUUUAUUUAUUUAUUUAUAAUUUUUUCACUAAACGACGGUAAUAUAUGCUAUUUAGAUAUUUUAAGUAAUAAUCGAAAUGAAUCUUUAUACCUUUACAAUGACAACCUCACAUAUGGUAAUAGAAAUGAAGUACGGGUUUUGGUUAUUCAUUGCAAUAUUUUUUAAGUAUUAAUACCAUAACAAUUAGAUAACAUUGUACUUAUUUUAUAAGUCUAUUUUUCUAAGAAAAAAUACUUGAAAUAAGAGGUGAGCACUGAGCACUGUCAACGAUUGAUGAUAGUCAUAGUUAUCAGCAAUUUUUGUGUACUUGGUGCAUGUUAGUGAUACGCGUGUGUUAUGAAUUUACUUCAUAGAUAGAUAUCUACGCCUACCAAAGAAGACUAAUUUUAUUUGUAUGAAAGUUAUUUUAUUGAAAAAUAUUAACAAUUUAUCAAAAACACUGUAGUUUUACAAACGCACACACAUAUAUAUGUAUAUUAUUAUUAUAUAUACAUAUACACAUAUGGUACAAAUUUUCUACCUAUAAGAAUAUAAUUGAUACUUAUUAAAAAAUCUCAAAAAUGUACAAAGUUGUUGCUCUUUAAUGAGACGCUUUAAUAAAGCAUAACGAUUAGUUCUACCCAAA